AUGGCGCGUCCCUCUGGGCAAAUUGAACAUCUGAUCACCAAUAUCCAACAAUUGGAAGAGUCACAGAUCAACCCAUCCCAGACAUUCCGGGCGCAAUCUCGAAAGAUGGAAAUAUUCGUACGCACCAUCAAAGGAUUGGAACAACAUUUGGAUGAGCGAGAUGUGGACCAAUCUAGAAUGAUUCAAUAUGGAUAA